CAUGUACGUGUCAACCCUCUUUUGCCUCAACCCACCACUCUCCCAAUUCAUCCCCUCUCUCUAGCUUCCAAACAAACAUUUUGGGGACAACAAAAUAUGUCUCCUUCCAUCUUCCUCUCGUGGCUUGUUAGCAUUCCCAUCCUCGCCGCCAUUUCUUCUUCUGCAGCUCCUAUUGCCGUUCCAGGCCCUAAAGGUUUCCCAUUAAAUUGCGGAGGAAGCGAGGAAGUAACGCUGGGCAAUGAAAAGUACAUCCCGGACGACGGAUUCAUCCUCACCGGAACCAAAGGCACCGUGAAAACCCCUGGCAUACUUCCGAUCCUCUCCACCCUCCGAUUCUUCCCGGACGGCCAAGCUCGCAAAUACUGCUACGCGUUCCAGGUCACCAAAGGCGGGAAGUACCUGGUGAGGACGAUCUACUACUACGGCGGGUUCGACGGAGGGAAAGAGCCCCCGGUGUUUGAUCAGAUCGUUCAAGGGACGAAAUGGGCCACCGUCAACACCACCGAGGAUUACGCCAAGGGUCAGACCACUUAUUACGAGAUCAUCCUCGUCUCUCCCACCAAGACCUUAAACGUCUGCCUCGCCCGGAACAAGAAUACCACCUCCUACCCUUUCAUCUCCGCAAUGGUGGUUCAGUCGCUCGAGAAUUCCAUGUACAAUUCCACCGAUUUCACCAAGUACGCUCUCACCACCGUCUCCAGAAACUACUUCGGACACGAGGGCGGGGCGAUAAGCUUUCCGGACGACCAAUACUACCGGUUGUGGGAGCCAUUUCACGACAACAACCAGCCGACAGUGGAGAGCAAGUCAAAUGUGACAUCAUCAGACUUCUGGAACUUCCCGCCAGCGAAAGCGUUCACUAGAGGGUUCACCACCAGCCGAGGCAAGACGAUCAGGUUCCAGUGGCCGCCGAUGUCGCUUCCGGCCACCAAGUACUACGUGGCGAUGUACUUCCAGGACAACAGGACGCCCAGCCUUUAUAGCUGGAGGGUGUUCAGCGUCACAUUGAACGGAAUGUUGUUCUACAAAGAUCUCAACGUGACGGAUAAAGGCGUCACAGUUUAUGCAUCGGAAUGGCCCCUCUCCGGCGUCACCGAGCUAAUGUUGACUCCGGCUGAUGACAUGCCCGUUGGCCCGGUGAUCAAUGCCGCCGAGGUCCUCCAACUUUUGCCCUAUGGUUCCAGGACACAAACCAGAGAUGUGAUUGCCAUGGAAGCUUUGGGUAGUAGCUUUGACGACCCGCCCGCAGACUGGGUUGGUGAUCCUUGUUUGCCUCCAGACAACUCCUGGACCGGACUUACUUGCACUCGUGAGUUAAUGGCUAGAGUUCAGAAGAUAGAACUUAGAAACAAAGGAUUAGCUGGCUCCAUAUCUCCAAGCAUUGCAAACUUGACUGCACUCACCUCUAUUUCUUUAGGAGGGAACAAGCUUACUGGUGAAAUCCCUGAUAUGGGUUCAUUGAAGGAUCUGCAAUAUUUGCAUCUGGAAAACAACCAGCUUGAAGGGUUGAUACCUCAGUCUUUAGGGCAGUUGAAGAGGAUUCAAGAGAUAUACCUGCAGAACAACAAUUUACGCGGCAAGAUCCCAGGCUCGCUACAGAAUAAACCUGGACUAACCCUUCAGGUGUCUCCUGGGAAUGACAUUUCUAAUUGAGUUGGCUGACCACUUUGCACAUACACAACGUGCGGGAAGAAGAACUAAAGGAGAGCGAGUGAUGAGAACAAGUCUUUUGGCUAAGCCCUUGGGAGUUACAUGCACCAAGCUCAGAAGAUGAUAUGUGAGAAAAGUUUUUUUUUUUUUUUUUGAGAUCUUGAGUGUGUGUACACACAAAAUGUAAUUACUCAAAUGUGAAUAUUUUGAUUGUGAUUUCACUGCAGAAAUGAAGUGGCACUGCUCAAAUCCUUGAAUUUGGAGACCUAGCUAGAAAUGCCAGCAAGCUUGCUUGCUUGUGCCUCGCCGUGAGUGGAUAAAUGCAUGGAAUCAUUAAUAAAACGUAACUCGUAAGACAUAACAAAAAAACCUGCAAGAAAAAUCACAAAAAUAUCCUAGGAGAACUUCAUAGUAAUUUGCACUCGUUGGCUAACAAUGUUACAAAUAAGAGGAAUACGAUCUACCUACUAUUGAGCAAGAACCUGUUCAAGUUAGAAUUUCACAAAUCACAACUAUUAGUUAGAAAUUUAUAAAGUUUAUACGUUUGA